AUGGUGUUCUGUAGAUUUCCGGACAUAAAAUCUAACAGGAUAGUUGAACAUUAUCUAUUUUGUCAACCAGUUGGAGAAAAGGCAACUGCUGAAGCAAUUUUCAAUAAAAUAAACGAGUUCUUUGAAGAAGAAGGGUUAGAUUGGUCAAAGUGCAAAUCGGUUACAACAGAUGGAGCAGCAGCAAUGCGAGGCUCACAGAAAGGUUUGAUCGAGAGAAUUAAGCGAAAGUCUCCAGAAUGCAUAGGAAUUCAUUGUAUUCUCCACCGCGAGGCAUUAGUAACAAAGAAACUUGAACUGAAUGCAGGUGACGCUAGUGGUAAAGAAAAUGAAUUACACGAUGUUCUACGGGAGGUCGUAUAUUUUGUGAAUACGAUUAAGAAAAGUUCAAAACAAACGAGACUUUUCUCUAAACUAUGCGAGGAAACAGCCGCCACUUCCAAAAAACUUCUUUUACAUUCAGAAGUACGGUGGCUGUCCCGAGGAAAAGUUCUUUCUCGUGUGUUUGAACUUCGAGAACAAUUAGGGGCGUAUUACACUGAACGAGGAGACCAAAAAGCCAACAGGUUUCGUAAUAUAUAUUGGAUUGCAAAAUUAGCGUACAUGGCGUCGAUUUUUGAUCGUUUGAAUCAAGUGAACGUCAGUCUUCUAGGGAAGGGAGGUGAUAUAUUUCGAUCGACUAGCAAAAUCAAUGCUCUGAAGAUGAAAAUUCAACUCUGGAAAAAUAAUGCUUCUUCGGGAAACUUCAUUGACUUUCCCUUGUUAAGUCAAUAUUUGAAAGAGUCUGGGUGGGAGUUUGAGGACGUUUCAACGAUAAAUACCAUGGUUACCCUCAUUGUUGGUCAUUUAAACUUACUUGGUGAUAAAUUGGCUUUGUACUUUCCUGAAGAUAAUGACAGACGUUUAGAAGAAAACUCGUGGGUAAUGCAGCCAUUUACUAGUGAACCAACAGAAGACGAAGAAUUGUUGGAACUCCGGGAGGAUUUAAAUCAAAAAAUUUCAUUUCGCGAAAUGUAUUACUCAGAGUUUUGGGUUUCUCUUUUUGAAUUUCCCGAGUACAAAAAUCUGGCGGAAAAAGCCAUCGCUCUCUCUGGUGCAGAUGCCCACGACUUAUUUGUGUGA